AUGUCAUCAGCAGGAGGUUUGACUCGACGCCGCGGUGGAGGCGGAGGCGGUGCGGCUGCCGAAGGCGAGACCAGCAAUGGCGCCAGCCGGGCCAACUCUACGAACAACGUCAGGGACAGCGCCCCGGAGACGAGCUACGAGAGCGGCGAGAAUGGCCACAAAAUUGCCUUUGAUCCCCGCGACAUCAGCGAGAGCGCUGAGCGAAGCAAACAGCCUAAGCUGACUUUGAUGGAGGAGGUCCUGCUGCUUGGAUUGAAGGACAAGCAGGGCUACCUGUCAUUCUGGAACGACAACAUCUCAUACGCACUGCGAGGAUGCAUCGUCAUCGAGCUCGCUUUCCGCGGUCGCAUUAGCAUGCAGAAGGACGCCUCGAGAAGGCGCUUCCCGCUGGCAGACCGCGUCAUCGAAGUUAUUGACGAUACCCUCACUGGCGAGGUGCUUCUCGACGAGGCAUUGAAAAUGAUGAAGCAGAGCGAGAAGAUGAGCGUGAGCUCGUGGAUUGACCUGAUGAGCGGAGAGACUUGGAAUCUGAUGAAGAUCGGCUACCAAUUAAAACAGGUGCGUGAGCGUCUGGCCAAGGGUCUCGUCGACAAGGGUAUCCUCCGCACCGAAAAGCGCAACUUCCUCCUCUUCGAUAUGGCGACCCACCCCGUCGCGGAUGGAGGCGCCAAGGAGGAGAUCCGCCGCCGCGUCCGCAACGUCCUCACCCAGCGAACCGUUGUCCUGCCUGCUUCCCAGUUCCUUCCCGAAAACCUCGAGUUCCGCUACGUCCGGACUAUCGCUAUGGUCUGCGCUGCCUACGCCGCCAACGUGCUUGAGAAUGCCCUCAGCACCCUCGGCCACGAGGCUCGCGAACGCGCCUUUGCCCAGACAGAUGAGCUGCUCGCUGACUACAGCCAGUGGCCAUUCGGCAAGAAGGCCACCGGCAACGGAAUCGGCGCCAAUCUGCCCCAGGUUAUUCAAGAGGAGGUCAGCAAGGGCAAGGACAAGGAGCUGCAACUAGAGGUUGUUGCCGCCUGUCUGAGCGUUUUCACCCGCCUCGAUUCACUCUUGUAA